AUGGCCACUGCUAUUCCAUCAACCAAUGUUUUUCACACAAAAUCUGAUGAAAUGCAUCUCGAAAUUUUCUGUCUCGUCUGGCUCGAUCCUGGUUCAAGCACCAAUGACGAUCACGAUACUGAACAACAAUUACGUUCUAUUAUUAAUCAUCUAAAGAAAUUUCACGAUGUAUCACAAUGUCAAAAGUAUAUUGAUGAACGAUCACCAAAAGAACGAGUAAUUAUGGUUGUUAGUGGUCAAUUGGGACGAAAAAUUGUUCCUUCUAUUCACAAUCUUCGACAAGUUAUAUCGAUUUAUGUCUAUUGUUUCGAUAAGAAACGUAAUGAACAAUGGGCUUGUAAAUACGCAAAAGUAAGGGCUGUUGUGGUUGAGCUUGAUGAGCUCAUUUCUCGAAUUAAAGAUGAUCAUAAAAUUCAGAAAUUUGUCGAAGAGCCAUUAUCAAUUAAUAUUUUUACUACAGGUGGUGGCGCAGGUAAUUCAACAAUAGGUUUAAAUGGUGAAUUUGUCUUUUCACAAGUUCUGAUUGAUUGUCUUAGUCGAUUACGAUACACUGAAGCAGAUAAAAACGAACUCAUUCGUCUUUGUGAACAACAAUAUAAAGGUAAUAGUAUUGAAUUGAGUAAUAUUCGUGAAUUUCAAGAUAAAUAUUCAUCUAACAAUGUUUUACGGUGUAUCGAUAAACAACUAGCUCUAUCAUUUCUCAAGUUUUCUGAUGAUAAAGAAAAUUUAGAAGCAGUAUUAUUUCAAAUCGAUGCCGAUCCUAAGAUGGCAAUUACAAAACCAUUUGCUGAUAUCACUGAAUAUAGUGAAUAUAAAGAUGAAGCUGAAGUGCUUUUCAUGCUUGGCUCUAUUUUUCGAUUGGAUAGUGUCAAUCGAAGCAAACAUGGUCAAGUAUGGAUCAUACAAAUGACAUUGUGCAAUGAUGAUGAACACGAUUUAAAACAAGUUCUUAUGGAUAUGAGAGAGCAGUAUCUGAGUAAAGAAACAAAUCUUCAGAAAUUAGGAAAAAUAUUAUUGGAGAUGGGAAAAUCUGAUCUGGCACAACACUACUUUAUUCGCAUGUUAGAACAACUUCCAUCCAACGACCCUUUACGUAUUGAUUUGUAUUUGGAUCUUGCGACGCUUAAGUCAUAUGCUGGUCAUUUGAACAAGAGUAUGAAAUGGCGCCAAAAAGCAAGUGCACUCAAAAAACAAAUUCAAUCUAUUUCUUCCAGUAUUAGUAAAUCAAAGAUUCCUAUUGGUAAGUUCAUUGAAAGAUAAUCUAUUAUAUUAAAAUAGAAGUCCUACAUCUAUAUUUUUAUAUCAUGAUAGUCAUGUAAAGUGAGUUGAAGAUCUUCUUACGUUAUAGCUAAUAGGUAUAAACUCAGUAUAAAAGAUAACCAUGCAGUCCUAACUCGAUUUGAAUAAUAAAUUUUUUGAUAGUAAAAUAAGUGACUGUAAAUUUGUCUCUAUGAGGAAAAGAUGCAGUAAAGUACGCUCUACAAAAUGAUCAUCGAUUGACUCCACUAGCUCGUACAGUAAGAAAGUUAUAAGCUUAGUGAACCUUUCAGAACCCAAAGACGUUUUUAUCAUUUAAAAAAUAUUGCAUUACUCAAAAAUACUUUCGCUAGGACGAAUAUUACAAUCAAAAUAUAUCACAAUCAAUGCAAUGGCUUUAAAGUGAUUUUACAAAUGAGCUAAGUGCUCAAGCUCUAUUUAGUCUAUUAUUUUCUUUUUAUAGUGUUCUUAAAGGGUGUGGGUGGGUGUGGGUGUGGGUGUGGGUGUGGGUGGGUGUGUGGGUAUGGGUGUGGGUGGGUGUGGGUGUGGGUGUGGGUGUGGGUGUGUGGUGUGGGUGUAGUUAGAGAGAAGACCCACACCCACACCCACACCCUUUUGACGAGUUUCAAAAAGUAGGUCAUAUCAAAAGUACAUCUCUUA